AUGACAACCACCAGGUUACGCGACUCGAUCUUCGAGUGUCUGGCAGAUGCUAAAUCCGACUCCGAUGAUGUCAAACAAAAAGCUCUAAAAACUCUGGUUUCCAUCACCAAAGUCAGUCCACAGAACAGAAAUCUCCUUGCACAGACAGAUGAAGCCCUUCCAACUCUUCUCAGCUCACUCGAGUCCUCUUCGCCGCUUCUCCAGACUCUCACACUCUCCAUUCUAUUCAAUCUCUCCUUGAAUCCUAAUCUCAAACAGUCUCUAACUGAUACCGAAACAAUUUACUGCCUCAACUCCUUCAUUACUUCUCCGGUUUCCCCUGAGUCCAGCAAAAUAGCGGCUUCCCUGAUAUGUAGCCUGGCAAUGUUGGACAAAAACAAGGCCAAGUUUGGAGUAGCUAAUACCAUUCAGUGUUUAGUCAAGGCGGUUUCAGGCUCUCGCUCUCUGGCUGCUCAUCACCUGCUGAGCUCUCUAACGGAGCUCGUGCAGUUCCAUGGGAACUGCAGCGUUGCUGUCAGGGCUGGAGCUGUUCCGGUCCUGAUCAAGCUAGUGGAGGAGAGUAGGGCUGAUGGUGAGGAUUUAGCCGGGACGUCUCUUGCUAUCUUGUCUCUUCUAGCAAGGUUUAAUGAAGGAUUGAGCGCGUUGAGGAAAACGGAUGAGAUUGUUAACAUAAUGCUGGAGGUGUUGAAAGGGAGGUGCAUGUUGAGUAAGGAAGGUGCAGCGGAAGUUCUUAUUCGACUGUUUGAAGAAAGUGAAGGGUGUGUGAGAGACGCUCUGCGACUUGAGUUCUCAUCCGUGUUGGCUGAUCUAUCGGUGAGAGGCUCAGCAAGAGCUAGGGAAAGAGCUGGCCUGCUACUCAAGAAGAUGAUGGAGGCUGACCUCGAUACCUAUAUGGAAGAAAGCCCAAUGUAUUACCAUUGGUAG